AUGAAGCUCGAGGACGAGAUCGACGAUGCGCUCUUGAAAGAAGAAGAAGCUGCGCGAGAAGAGAACGAGAAAAUUGAGGAAAGGCGACGCCAAGCUCUGCUCAAGAAACGUAGGAAGAAGAAGGCAGAGACCAAGGCCGAGAGAGAGAUCAAGGCGAGAGAGCUCGAUGACCUGUUGGCCAAGAGUGCCGCAUUUAGCGAUAUUCUCACCAAAAAGACACAAGUUCUUGGACGUGUCGGCAGUAGUCUUGACGGCAAGACUCUGGGUGAACACAAUCUAGAGAUGGCUGCGCAGCCAAAGUGCAUGGUUGGCGGCACCAUGCGCGACUACCAACUUGAGGGUCUCACAUGGAUGUAUGAGAUUUGUUCGCAAGGCAUGAGCGGGAUUCUUGCUGAUGAGAUGGGUCUUGGCAAGACGGUGCAGACCAUCUCUCUGAUCGCGUUGCUGAGGGAGCAAGAGAAUUAUCUCGGCCCUCACUUGAUUGUCGCGCCUCUAAGCACACUCUCGAACUGGAUGGAUGAGUUUCAUAAGUGGACGCCCUCGAUCCCCGUGGUCAUGUACCACGGCAACAAAGAGCAAAGAGAGGAGAUCUUCAAGACGAAGAUGAUGCGACACCUUAAGAGUGGUCGCCCGACUGAGAAGUUCCCAGUUGUCUGCACGUCUUACGAGAUGGUUCUCAGAGACCAGCACAACCUGUCGAGAGUCAGCUGGGAAUUCAUCAUAAUUGAUGAAGGCCACCGCAUGAAAAACGCGGAGGCGAAGCUAUUUCAGCAGCUGCGCCAGUUCUCUUCAGCCACCCGUCUCCUCAUUACGGGCACCCCGCUUCAGAACAACUUGAAGGAGUUGUGGUCGUUGCUUCACUUCCUCCUCCCAACCAUUUUCACCGACUGGGAAGCGUUUGAGUCGUGGUUUGACUUUUCUGACCUGGAAGAUGAACGUGGCACAGAAGAGUUCAUUGCGGACCAAAAGAAGCAAGACCUUGUCAAGAAGAUUCACCUGAUUCUUCAGCCGAUGCUCUUGCGACGCAUCAAGCAGGAUGUCGCGGCCUACCUCCCCAAGAAGCGGGAGUAUGUCCUCUUUGCGCCGAUGACGAAGGAACAAACCGAUCUCUACAAUGUAUUGACCAACAAAAAGAUUGACACAAGAAAGUAUCUUGAGGACAAGGUCAUGGAGAAGAUCAGCAACACUCCCUCGUCGACAAAGCCCAGCCGAGGGACAUCGCGAUCUACCAGCAGGGCGCCCAAGACCAGUGCAAAGUCUAGUCGUCAGUCGACGCCAGUCAGCUUGCGAGGAAGACCUCGAAAGACGCGAACGUACAAGGACGCCGGCUCUGACGAGGAGGCCAUGUCGGAUGAUGAGUUUGAGGCCAAGCUUGCUAAGGAGAUGGUUCCUGAAGACGUUGACAACAACGCCGAGACGUCCUUGACACCCGAGGAGAUGGAACGCGCUCAGACACUUGAGCUUGCCAAAAAGCAAAUUGCUCAAAAGAAGCUGGGCAACCCCUUGGCUCAGCUCCGUCUCGUGUGUAAUUCGCCACAUAACUUUUACAACCCGUGGAACGCAUCGAAGGAUCUUACUGUUGACGAUUCAAUCGUUACAGCAUCUGGAAAGAUGCUCCUCUUGGACCGCCUCCUGCCGCGGCUGUUCCAGGAUGACCACAAGGUUCUCAUCUUUUCACAGUUCACGACUCAGCUGGACAUCCUUGAGGAUUACUGUCGGGAGCUACGUGGCUGGAAUGUUUGUCGGAUUGACGGCUCAGUCUCGCAAGAAAGUCGCCGGACCCAGAUUGCGGACUUCAAUACCGAUCCAGAGUACAAGGUCUUUCUUUUGUCUACUCGCGCUGGCGGACAAGGCAUCAAUCUGGCGUCGGCGGACACUGUGAUCCUCUUCGACUCUGACUUCAAUCCGCAGCAGGAUCUUCAAGCCCAGGAUCGCUGUCAUCGCAUCGGACAGACUCGUCCUGUCGUUGUCUUCCGUCUCGCAACCAAGGAUACGGUCGAGGAGUCUCUCCUUCUGUCUGCUGAUGCGAAGCGACGUCUUGAAAAGCUGGUUAUCAAGAAGGGUGGCUUCAAGACAAUGGGCCAGAAGAUGGACCUCCGUGAGGACCUGGACCCCGAAUCCCUCCGGGCACUACUCCUGAAAGACGGUGAAGUCUACAGGGUCUCUGGCGGAGAGGAGGUGUUGAGCGAGUCCGACUUGGACGUGCUAUGCGAUCGAAGUGAGGAGGCCUAUGCCAAGGCUGCCAGCGGCGAGGGCGAUGCAGAUGGUUACCGUGUGGUCGAGACUGGCGCAGACUCGAUCAAGAUGGCAAGAAAGAACUGA